CAAGUUUAUACAUUUCCCACUUAUAUAAAUAAACACCCCAACUCGUAUUCUUUUCAAACAAUCACACCAACUCUCCUCAAAAUCAAAAUUCUCCCCUAUCAGAAAACUUCAAUUCCCAACAACAUGACAAUGGAAAAUCAGAUCUACUGCCCAAAAACAGCCUCAUCAAACCUAUCCAUGCACAGAAACUCGCAAACGAUUUCAAAAACGAAGCCCAAAAUCCGAAUAAUCCACAUAUUUGCACCAGAGAUAAUCAAGACUGAUGCUGCAAACUUCAGGGAGCUGGUGCAGAGGCUCACCGGCAAGCCUGAUCCCAACCUCGACGACGGCAAUGAGAGGCUAGUGUUGAGAAAGAAAGAGGCAAGAAUUUUGUCUUCAAGCAAGAAGAUGGGUUUUAGAGAGAGACUGAUGAAGGAAGAGGGAGAAGAGAUUUGGAUGAGUGCAAAUUCAGGAGGUGGAUUUUUGGGUGGUUUUGGGGAAAUUGAUCAUGGAUUCCUGCAUGAGCUUAAUCACUUUCAGUUUUUGGAAGCUACAACAGCUCAGAUGCAGGAUGUUUAUGGAGAUCAUCAGUGUCAACUUGCUUGAUUAGGAUGAGGAUUAAUAAUUAGUUUCUUCAUGAUGGUGAGGAUUAGGGUUUUCGAUUAUGAUUAGUUAGCUUGAGUAAUUACUCCAUAUAUGAUUGGAUGGUGAUCAAUGAUUUCAUUUGUUUGCACUCGGAUAUAUCAUCUGGGUUUCUAAAUUGGGACUGUAUAUAUACUUAUUUAAUUUGGUGGUGUGCCUUUUUCUGCA